AUGUCACUCAGACGCUCAGCCCGACUUGCUUCCGUCCCAACCAUCAAGUCACCGCUACUCCAAAGCUCAGCUCCGAGCGAAGCAAGAGUCCAACACAGCGCAGUGACAAAGCCUCGCAAGGCACCCACAAAGACCAACAAAUCAGACAAGAAACCUACAAAUACAAAACCAAAACCAAAAACAGGGACCUCCUAUUGGUCCCCGGAGCCUGCAGUCGCAGAGAAACAAGAAACAGACAACCAACUCUCACCCACUAACCCCACGAUAUUCAGACCCCAGACCCCCCCUCCCCUCGACCGUCCCGUCGACCCGCACCGAACAAACGCAAUCCUCAUAACCCCCCACGGCUCAACAGUAAACGCCUACCCAGCGCACGCGGAAGAUGCCUCCCCCUCAAAAACCGGACUUCCACGGCCAACAGCCACAACAGGGACACUGCUCGAGAAAGCCACCGCGCACCUCAUAGCAACAGACCCGCGCAUCGCAGUAGUGAUCGAGCAGCAUCCAUGUCCGCUCUUCUCGCCGGCCGGCCUGGCAGAGGAAAUCGACCCCUUUAACAGCCUGACCAGCAGCAUCAUCGGCCAGCAAGUCUCUGGCGCGGCAGCAAAGUCUAUCCGGAACAAGUUCCUGUCACUGUUUGAUUUGCCCGAUACUGUUGCGCCUGAUGGGCAUAGACAUGCCAAAUUCCCGACUCCGGAUCAGGUUGCCAAGUGUGAUAUCGCUACCCUGCGCACGGCGGGGCUGUCGCAGCGCAAGGCGGAGUAUAUCCAGGGUCUUGCGGAGAAGUUUGCUAGUGGGGAGCUUGGGGCGAGGAUGUUGGCGCGGGCUACUGAUGAGGAGCUUUUUGAAAAGCUUAUUGCUGUUCGGGGGUUGGGGAAGUGGUCGGUUGAGAUGUUUGCUAUGUUUGCGCUUAAGCGCAUUGAUGUGUUUUCUACUGGGGAUUUGGGAGUACAGCGAGGCUGCGCUGCCUUUAUGGGUCGUGAUGUGAGCAAACUUAAGGGCAAAGGUGGUGGUAAGUUCAAAUAUAUGGCUGAAAAGGAUAUGCUUGAACUUGCUGCCAAGUUUGCACCAUAUAGGAGUCUGUUCAUGUGGUAUAUGUGGCGGAUUGAGAACGUUGAUGUUGCUGUUCUUGGCGGUUAA